AUGGUAUCGGCGCAAAUGGCUCAAGGCGCUGUGAAAAAGACGCCAAAGCCAGCCCUGGGCGGGAAGGGCGGCAAGGCAGCGGGGAAGCAGCAGGCGAAAAAGAGUGGCAUCAGCAAACCUCAAGCGAAAAAGUCAAAGACGACUGCCGACAAGAUCCAGAAGAAGUACACGUCCGGACUGGUCGCCAAGACCGAGCAGAUGCUGGGAGAGCGGGCGGGCCAUCUCGAGUUGAUCGGCAAGGGGCGGAAGAAGGGCGAGGAGCAGAAGUUCAAGGGGGGCAGUCGGAAGUUUGGUUAG